UGGAGCCCAGAGUCCGGUUCACAGGGCGUGACGUCACGUCCUGUUGGUGGAGUCGGUUUCAUUGCCCUCUGAUGACCGUCCUGAAGCUGUUGAGGAAACGCCGCCCCCCUCCGGUCCACCGUAAGCCUCUUAAGGCGGUAAGCCUCCCGCUGCCUGCUGCUGCUGGUUGUUUCUCCCCCAUGGAAGAAGAGGCCGGCUGCCCCGCGCCUCGUUGCCAGGACGACCCCACCACCUCGGAGGCCAUGGACGAGCUACUGCUGCCCGGCGGCGGCGAGGAGGAGGCCCGGUCCGACCCGGUGGGCCGGGUCUGGGCCUGGCUGAGGGCCGCCGUGGGCGGGGACUGCUGGAGGAACCUGAGGGGCUUCUGCCGCAGGAACGGGCUGCUGACGCUGUCGGUCAUCGCCGUGGUUACCGGCUGCACGCUGGGCUUCAUGCUGAGAGGAACCGAGCUGUCCACACAGGCCAAGAUCUACUUCUCCUUCCCUGGAGAGCUGCUGAUGAGGAUGCUGAAGAUGCUCAUCCUUCCUCUCAUCACGUCCAGCCUGAUGUCCGGCCUGUCGUCCAUGGAGUCCAAAGCGUGCUGCAGGAUGGGCGUCCUCACCGUCACCUACUACCUGUGGACCACCUUCAUCGCCGUGGUGGUCGGCAUCGUCCUCGUCCUCAUCAUCAAGCCCGGCACGGGGACGGAGAUGGACAGCAACCGUCUGGGCGGCGGGCCGGUCAUGACCUCGGCCGAUGCCCUGCUCGACCUGAUCAGGAACAUGGUUCCCUCCAACCUGAUCGAAGCCACGUUCCAGCAGUACAAAACGGACCUGAUCCCCAUCCUCAGAGUCCCAACCAAAACCAUCCAGCCUAACUUUGUCUACGUUGUCCCCGACGACAACGACCCUAAAGGCCGGACAGUCUACCUGGAGCUGACUCCGCCCCCAGACGUCAUCUACAAGACGAGUCCCGGCAGCAGCCAGCAGAUGAACGUCCUCGGCAUCGUCAUCUUCUCCGCCACCAUGGGGCUGCUGCUGGGCAGGAUGGGAGAGCGCGGCGCCCCGCUGGUCAACGUCUGUCAGUGCAUCAACGAGUGUGUGAUGAAGAUCAUCAACGCUGCUGUGUGGUACUUCCCGUUUGGGAUCAUCUUCUUGGUGGCGGGGAAGAUCCUGGACAUGCAGGACCCGAGCACGCUGGGGAAGAAGCUGGGCUGGUACGGCGUCACCGUCCUCACCGGCCUCUUCGUCCACGGCCUCGUCCUCCUCCCUCUCUUCUACUUCCUCCUCACCAGGAAGAACCCGUUCAGCUACAUCCGGGGACUGCUGCAGGCCUUGGUCAUCGCGCUGGCCACGUCCUCCAGCUCUGCCACGCUGCCCAUCACCAUGAAGUGCCUGCUGGAGAACUGCCACGUCGACCGGCAGAUCGCCCGCUUCGUCCUGCCCGUCGGAGCCACCAUCAACAUGGACGGCACGGCGCUGUACGAGGCUGUGGCGGCCAUCUUUAUCGCUCAAGUCAACGAUUACGAGCUGGACCUCGGCCAGCUGGUCACCAUCAGCAUCACGGCCACAGCCGCCAGCAUCGGAGCCGCCGGCAUCCCACAGGCCGGGCUGGUUACCAUGGUGAUCGUCCUCACCUCUGUGGGCCUGCCGCCUGAUGACAUCACACUGAUAGUGGCCAUUGAUUGGAUCCUCGACAGGUUUCGCACCAUGAUCAACGUCCUCGGCGACGCCCUGGCCGCAGGCAUCAUCGCACACCUGUGCCGGAAAGAUUUCCCUCUGAGCGAAGCAGGAAAGGCGGUUCCGUCGUACGGAACCCAGAACCGCCACAGCAACUCCUACAGCAUCAGCGUUCCCAUGACGGAGCUCCACUCCCACCGCCACCCGCCUGGCGACCCGUCUGGCGACCCGCCUGGCGACCCGCCGGGCCCCCACCGGGCUCACACCGUCUACUACAACAUCUGCCAGGUGUGAUGGACCAGAACCGGGUCAGGCAGCGCUCCUCAGACCGCCGGGUCUGGGACCGGAGAAGAACCAGAGCUGGACUCUCCGUUCCACUCUUCGACCAGCCGGUCCUACUGGAGGUGAGCUCCAGACGGGGUCAAAGGUCGCUCAGACCGAAGUGAUCCGCCUCAUCCUGCUGGUUGGGGGCAGGUUGUCUCAUCCCUGGAACCGGGUCAGAACCGGACAGAAUCCCUUCAUGCAGACGGAUCGACUUUGUUGUUGUGGCUGAAAAAACCGAUGAUCGGUUCUGAAGCCGGGAGGAUUCCCACACAGCCUGGUUCUCCAGAACCGGCCGGAUCCAGAACUGACCGGAUCCAGAACCGGCCGGAUCCAGAACCUGCAGGGAU